AAGGUAGAGAUUUUGCAACUCCAUGCAAAAUAUGUGUCUUCUUCAACCUUCGAAGAAAUCGUGUCUUCUACUCUUCUUCAACCUUCAACCAAUAGAAAGAAGAACAAAAAAUUGUUAGAAGGGCAAUAAAAUGGAGAAAUCAUCAUGGUACCACGCCAUCAGGCCUUUGCUCAACUUGGUCGAAAUGCUCGCCGGCGACUUCCCUGGCAUCGGUUUCUCGUUCUUCAGCACUCCCCCAUCCAACACAUCUCUGUUCAAGCCGGACGCCGGCGGCGAACGCAACAUCAAGGCGGGCAGGGGCGGCGUUGCUGCCAGGACGGGAGACUGCCAUGAGAUUCGUGGCGGCGAUGCCGGCCAACUACGAGAGAGCAGUUGAGGAAGCGAUGGUGGCGGCGGCUCGGAAGGGGAAUGACCAAACGAGUAGGGGCAAACGGGGUAUACUAAUCCCUAAGACAAGGCCGGAGGUUGCGGUUUCCUGUGGUGGCUGGGAUCGCUUU